AUGCUGCGCUUCCUCUGGGACAGCAUCUCCUUCCAGAUGCUCCUCAUCUUCUUCAUUGUCUUCCUGCUCGUUGCUGACUACAUGAAACGCAGAAAACCGAAGCACUUCCCUCCCAGCCCCUUCUCUCUCCCCUUCGUGGGGCACAUCCAUCUGAUGAACUUCACUGAUCCACACAUCACGGUGCAGAAGUAUACUGAAAAGUAUGGGAACAUCUUCAGCAUGCAGAUGGGCAGCACAUCAUUUGUGUUCAUAAAUGGGCUGCGGAUGAUUAAGGAAGUUCUUGUAAACCAAGGGGAAAACUUCAUGGAUCGCCCUGACAUUCCUGUUGACAGGGAGGUCUUCAGUAAAAUGGGACUGGUCUCCUCCAAUGGGCACUUGUGGAAGCAGCAGAGAAGGUUCACCUUGACCACCCUCCGAAACUUCGGCCUGGGUAAGAGGAGCCUGGAGGAGCGCAUCCAGGAGGAGUGCCAAUGCCUUGUGGAUGUGAUUGGGGAAGAGCAGGGGAAUCCUUUCAACCCUCACUUGAAGAUCAGUAACGCCGUUUCAAACAUCAUCUGCUCCAUCACCUUUGGCAAUCGAUUUGAAUACCAUGAUGAGGACUUCCAAAAAAUGCUGCAACUAAUGGAUGACACGGUUAAGCUCCAUGCAACCGUCAUGAGCCAGAGUAGAUUUGCCUCUGUACAAACUUUCCCAGCUAUAAUAAAGUUUUUCCCUGGAUCACAUCAAACCAUUUUUAAAAACUGGAGGUUGUUGAAAAGAUUUGUGAAAGAGAGGAUUGACAAACACAAGGAGGACUGGAAGCCCUCGGAGAGCCGGGACUUCAUCGACAGCUACCUGCAGGAGAUAGCCAAGGACAAUGGCGACGGCAGCUUCCACGAGGAAAACCUUGUGGCGUGUGUCCUCGAUCUGCUGUUCGCCGGGACCGAGACUACUUCCACAACCAUCCGCUGGGCUGUGCUGUAUAUGGUCCUGUAUCCUGAAAUUCAAGCCCGCGUGCAAGCUGAGAUCGACACUGUUAUUGGGCAGGCACGGCAGCCAGCCUUAGAGGACAGGAACAACAUGCCCUACACCAACGCUGUCAUCCACGAAGUGCAGAGGAAAAGCAACAUCAUCCCUUUCAAUGUUCCAAGAAUGACGACGAAGGACACCAUCUUGGAUGGCUUCCACAUACCAAAGGGCACUGUUUUGCUCACAAAUUUAACUUCUGUGAUGUUUGACAAGAACGAGUGGGAAACACCCAACACUUUUAACCCUGAGCAUUUCCUGAAGGACGGUCAGUUCUGGAAAAGGGAGUAUUUUAUGCCUUUUUCUAUAGGGAAGCGUGCCUGUCUGGGUGAGGUGCUGGCCCGCUCCGAGCUCUUCCUCUUCUUCACGUCUCUGCUCCAGAAAUUCACCUUCCAGGCACCCCCAGACACCACGCUCAGCCUCCAGGCCAAGCUGGGCAUCACAAUGGCCCCAGAGCCCUACAGGAUCUACGCGGUGCCUCGGUAG